AUGUCUUCCACAAGUUUUACCCAAAUGGCCGACACAGACCUCGAAGCUAUCGGGCGCAACUGCCAAUACGAGUUCUGCGGCCAACUCGACUUCCUCCCCUUCCGCUGCGAGUCUUGCAGGGGAACAUUCUGUCUCGAGCACCGCACCGAAACAGCACACAAAUGCACACAUGCGGGAGAAUGGGCGCGCCGCAAACGGGCAAGCAAUAACAGUACUACUACUGGUAGAUCUGCGCCUACCGUGAAAUCGAGUGUUUAUAACUCCGAUCAAUGCUCGCAUCCACAAUGCAAGUUACUCAUUAAUACACCGACGAGCGUAUCGGUGCAUUGUGAUAAGUGUAACCGCAAUUAUUGUCUUCAGCAUCGUCUUCGAGAAGGCCAUGAUUGCGCCAAGCUCAUACCCUUAGGUGCUCGAGCCGGUGGUGGUGGUGCUAGACCCGGCGAUAACUCUGCCACUAUUCGAUCUAUGUUUUCGAGGUUGCGCGGGUUUGGGAAAGAUAUACAGGCCCCGAAAGCACCGAAGAUCUCGCUGCCGGCAAGCAUACAGUCGAGGAGGGUUGCUGCUUCAGGGACUAGCGCUAUUGCUCAAGUCAACGAAAUCAAACGAACGGCGAAGGGUGAGGCAUCUAUUCCUGCCGAUAAGAGAAUAUAUUUGCACGUCGUUGGCACAACGGAUAAACCGGCUGCAACAGACGAGCCGCCCUCGGGGAAUUUCUUCUUUGAUUCGCGCUGGAAAGUCGGCCGUGUGCUUGACGAUGCGGCGCGGAAACUCAAAGUACAGAAUCUAAAUAAUCGGGGUGGUGGCGAGGAGGCUCGUCUCCGGGUUUUUCAUAUAGAAUCUGGCGCCUUUUUGGACUUUCCGGAGCAGAUUGGUGGUGAUGGGAGUAAAGUGAAGUCUGGUCAUACCAUUGUUUUGCUGAGAGGGGCUGGCGUGUUGUUGAAUAAUUGA